GUUUGUUUUUUUUUGCGACAGGCAAAAGCGCGGUUCGCUAAUAAAUAUUAUCAGUUUUGCAAAAGCGUACUCGAUAGUCGUCGAUCAGAAUAGAUAAGAACUAUAUAAUCACAUCGUCCAGAUAUGCCAACAGCAAUGCCGUACACGGACGUACAUCGCGCGUUCGCGCAAGCUAUAGCCCACCAUGGCACGAUGAGUGCCAAACAAGCCUAUAAGGCACUACUUGCCAUCUACGCGAAAUAUCACGACGGCGAAGAGAUCCCUUCGGAGGACGAUAUCCCCGAGGUGGUGGCGUCCAUCAACGGCAAACUGUACCGCUACGACCAGAAAAUUUGCUUCGUCCACUACGAACCGGCCGAUACGGACUUUUACGUGUUCUGCAAUUUGGUGGAGUCGCAGAUCGAUCGGAUUCAGAAUUACUACAGCGAAUCGGAAACGACCCUGUUCCGGCUGGUGCUGCGGGAGAUGGCCACGAGCGAAGAGCACAAACUGAAACCGAUCAUGUGCCUGAAUCUGACGGGGGAGAUCCAAGGCAAGCAACUCAGCAAGGUGCGAGCCGAGCAACUGCUGGACCAGUGGGAAAAGAUGGGAUACUUUGUGCAGCUGGGUGGGAUGUGGCACUUCGGGCCGAAGGUAAUCGGCGAGUUCGAUCGGUACCUAACGACCAACUAUCCGGAACAGAUGCGGAUGUGCAAACUGUGCAAGGAAUCGGUGUUCUACGGUGUUCGAUGUGAGAAGUGUCCUGAAUCAUUCCACAAGGAUUGUAUGAAGAAGUAUCUCAGACGGUUGACAAACUGUCCUGGGUGUAAAAAUCUGUGGUCAACUCCUGUUUGAUGAUAAAUUUUAAAUUUCACGUUCUGUAUGUACCUGUCAAAACAUUUGAAAUAAAUCCUAAAUUUAAUUUUAA